AUGGCUGCUCUCUCACUCGGCCAUCCUCAUCUAUGCCACCACAAACACAAGCCACUUCUACUCAUCACCACCGCAACCAACCCGCGAAUGAUCGCCAUCGUCUCCUGCCAGAAUCGCAACCCCGACAACGAGAAAACAGACAAGGGAGCUAAGGAAGACAAAGGCAUCAAGUUGCAGAAAGUUUUGUUUGGUGUUGAGAAAAUAGGAAAGGGGCUGCAAGAUAAUCUGAGUCCCAAAAGAAAAGGGGAUUGGAAGGAUUUAACACUGAUGAGCCUAUCAUUUGCUGUGUAUGUGUAUAUGUCACAGAAGAUUGUAUGUGCUUACUGUGCAUGGAUGUCUAUGGCUGGACAACCUUGGUGA